CUGUUAAAAUAACAUUUUAUUAUAAACAUACUACAAUUGUAGGAUGUAAGUUUUAUUUAUUAAUUCAUCCAUAAGGCAAAAUACAAAUUCGUUAUCAGCAAACUAACGUAUUUUGUGUUAUGAUUCUCAGACAUUUCAUCACACGACAAAGCAAAGCAAGAGAACAACAGCCAAUCAUUGAAGGAGACGAGACUUGGGCUGUCACUUUCACUGCAGCCAAAACAAGGAAGUAAAGUAGUGACUAGUCUAGAUAUGAAAGUUCAUCUAUGUCACCCUUUCAACUUGCCUAAAUGCAAGACAUGAUUUGUCUAUCACUAUGAUGAAUCAGUAGAAAAAUAACUUUCAACAAAAAACGUUAGCUAAACCGCGCUAGCUACGCAUGCCUCGAUAGUUAAACGAAUCCUGCCUGGUCGUCACAAGACCACGGGGCAUGUGAUAUCGAUCAGACCGGAGAUUGUUUAGCUAGAAGCGAGCUAGCUGGGCUGAAAACAUUUUCUCUACACUGAUGAUGUAGCAAGUCAUUAGCCUAGGUCGCUCGCCGUCUCGGUAGCUCCCUUUCUGAACACAUAUUUUGGUGAGUCGUUAGCUUAAAAACGAGGCAGAGAUGGUUCACGUGUAUAACUGCCACCCUUUCGCGUCCCAGCAAAUCGUCCCCACCGAGCAGGAACCGGGGCCGGUAUGUUGUGGCGGCGGUGCCCUCUUCGUUGUGUCCGCCGGUGGAUGCAAGAUCGAGGCAUAUGAUAUGGGAGCAGACGGUUGUCCGCUGAUCUGUCGUUUCGCCACCAUGGGAACCGUGCAAAGCAUCCUGCACAGCCAGAUCGGAGACUACCUGGUGACAAUCGAAGAGAAGAACAGUGCCACCUACCUCCGUGCCUACACCAACUGGCGUUACCAGGCGGCCGAGAAGACCCGUGUAGGGGUUCGUCUCCUGGGUCACUUCCUGCGAGGCUCCUCCCUGCGCGGAGCGCCAAAGGAGCAGAUGGAGAUCAUCGAGAUCCCCCUGUUUGAACGUCCGCAGUGCGUGGCCUGCUGUAGGCUCACCGGAGACCUGCUGGUGGGCUGUCCCAAGACCCUGGUCCUCUUCUCCCUGCGCAGGCAGUCCCUCAACGCCAGGCCGGCCAUCUUGGACUUUGAGCGCUGCCUCAUCCUGCACCUCCCCGGACUGUCCCCCGCGCAGGUGGCGUUGUGCUCAGGCUACGUGGCUGUCCAAACUGAACUGGAGGUGCUGGUGCUGAAGCUGGAGAAGCUGUCUGGCCCUCAACCCUACAAGUCCGGUGACCACGAACAGGAACACUCACUCGUCCCCAAGGAUAUGGUGACUGGAGACUCCCUGGACGCAGAGGGGAAGUCUGGAGAGGGGGCGGAGCAGGAAGGCUUCUUCAUGUUCCCCAGACACCAGGAGCUGCUGGGGGACAGGGCCAGGGACUGUGGCCUGGUGGUCACUCUGGAGUACACAGGCAUGGAAGCUGAGACCAGGGGCAUCUUCACCAUCUCCUACCUCCUCUACAGGCGUUUCGCCCCAGAUUUCUUCCAGGGCUGCACAGUGGAGGAGACACGCCUGCAUUCGCUUCAGCUGCUUCCGGUGUUCUCCAGCAUAAACCAGGACAUCUCCGACGAGGGGGAGAAAAGGGCGGAGCCCACUUGUGUGUUCUGUUUCUUCUCGCUGCCCAACACGGGCUACGUGUACAGCGUGAGGGGCGGGGUCGAGCUGGUCUCCACCUAUCAGUACCCAGAGAAGGCUCAACAGGCCGUGCUGACUGACGUCUUCCUGCACGUCAUCACCAAGAACGCCCUGCAGUGUUUCUCGGUGCGCUGUGCGUCUGUGGCAGCCAGAGCGGAGGACCCUUACAUCGACACCACCAUGAAGGCCUGCCCACCAGCCACUAUGGAAGUGUGUGCACUGCGGAUCCAGCUCUUCAUUGGCCUGAAGGCCUUGUAUCACGACGGCCAUCACAUCGCCCUGGUAACCGCGGCCGACGUAGAGAACCCGGAGAACGCAGAGCGUGCGGCACGGCGGAACAUAACCAGGAAGUCAUCCUACUCCAAGCCCAAGGAGCCCACUGAGGAGAGUCACGGAUGGAACCUGUACGUCAUCAACACCGUUCCCCCUCUCCAACUGUACCACGAAAUGGUACACUACCAUGGUUACCUCCACAGCUGUCAAUCCCACCUAUGGCGUCUACUGUCCUACGUAGUGUACACUUGUGUACACAGUACUGUGUGUGUGUGUCAGGUGGAGUACAGUAAGCGCUACGAGGAGACCAAUCCCCAGUCCCAGAGCUGUCUGCACCUGCUGAGCGAGGCUCACUUGCUGCUGAGAGCCAAGCUGCUGGACCCCCUGCUGGGUGACCCUUUCCCUGCGCCCCCCAGCCCGGAGCCAGACAGGCCCGCAGAUGGAGCCCCAGACAGGCCCGCAGAUGGAGCCCCAGAGAGCCAGACUCUCCAGGGGGCCUUCAGGGAGAGCUGUGCCCAGCUAGGAGACUGCUUCAGCAGAUAUGUGCAGAGGGACUGCCACUUGGCCCUGCCCUACUAUAAGAUGUCGGGCCUGUCAGUGACCGAGGUCAUGGAGAGGAACCGACCCCAACCUGGCAACCCUGCCGGCUACGGCAAGGGCUUCCUGUUUUACCUCAAACACUCGCUGUACGAGGACACGGCCGAGGAGCUGAACCAGGAGACGGCUGACGAGGUGCUGCAGGUGUUCAGCAGGACGGAGGCGUCCCAGCUGCCCCGCGUGUGUGCCAGCCCAGCCCUGGUGAACGGCAGCCCGGCCGCGGCCCUCGCCCACCUGGACCGCCUGGAGGCCACCGCGGGGCCCUCGGUGCCCCUCACCCUCUCCAAGGCCGCUCUCGCCCUCCGCAUGGGCAACCUGCCCCUCUACGCGCAUCACAUGGGCCGGCACGCAGAGAUGCUGCAGGUCUACGGCUUCAUCGAGGAGCCCCAGCUGCUGUUGCACGCCCGCGGCCAGCAGGUGGCGCCCACGCCCCUGGCUCGCCACCUGAGAGGGAGCCAGGACGGCCUGCUGGUGGCUGCCCUGGUGGCCCUGCACGAGAACAACAAGCUCAGACUGGACCAGGCUGACCUCCUCUUCCAGGAGCUGUGUUCGGACCAGACGGACGUCCGGGCCAGCCCUCAGCUCCUCGUGGAUUUCUGGGAGGCUCUGCUCAUGGCCUCGUCACAAGAAGCUGUCAUCCAGGAGCUGCUGUUCCGUCUGGCCUCCGUCUACAUCGACCGGCUCGCGCGGCGCCAUACUCACGUCAGCCGGCCGCUGAAGACCGCAGAGGACCUGAUCAACUCGUGUUCUCACUACGGUGUGUUGUAUCCCUGGGUGAGCAUCCUGACUCCAGCUCAGUCCAAUGUCGCCCACGACCACACGGAAGACCUGCAGAAACUACAGUCGCUCCUGUGCGGCCCCUCCCUGGACGCGUGGUCCCUGCUCCCCCUGCUGGAGCAGCUGAGCCAGGACGACCAGGCGGGUCUGAGCGUGCACGUGCUCGGUGCCACCAGGCGGGGGCGCUACGAGAGCUCCCUCCAGCUCCUGCUGGACCGCUGCCCCCAGGCCAUCAUCCCCUAUGCCAACCACGAGCUGCAGGACGCUCACAUGGCCCUGUGGUGGCAGAAGCUGUUUCCUGAGCUGUGUGAGAGGACCAGAGCAACCGGAGGACAGGACAGCAUCUUACUGGCUGCUCUCAAAGAGACGCUGGUGGUGGUUUCCAUGGAGCUGAGUCCUCUGGAGUUCUUGGAUCUGAUGCCUGAUGACGGGACGGCCCAGUUCUUCCUGCCUCACCUGCUGGAGUGCAGCCAGAGGAAGCUGCUCACCUGAGGGGGCGGGGCCUAUGAGGGGGCGGGGCCUAGGGCUGGGCCUACGGGAGGAAGCCCUCAAAUGGACAUGGUGGCAGGAGAAGAUGAAAGAGUAGAGACCUACCAAUGGGUUUGACUGGAUGUCGUUCCACUGAUGGCUGUGCACCAUCAGGUGUGCUCCUACUACAUCUACCCCAUAGAGGUGAUGGGUGAUGGGGUACUGGACUGUCUGGGUCUCAACCAGGACCAUGUGCUCAACUACUGACUGUUCUGGACAAUCACUGUCUUACAGAAUCAGGAAGAUUACUAAAUACUACUGAUAUAUAUAUAUAUACACACACACACACACACGAGAGAGUCUAUCCCACACAGCUGUAGCCAACUGUAUACUAUAAAUAUUUAUGCUGCAUGAAAAGGCUGUGUUCAUCGGCAAUGAAAAAAUGGCACUUGAAUGUCUUUGUGAAAUAAAUUGAGACAAAGUAUU